CGGCGCCGGAGGUAGGCGGCUCGCCACCUUCUCCCGCGGUCCCUGGCAGGUGUGUGUCUUUCUGCAGAAGCCGGCGGGCGACCCUGGACGGGUGAUGAAAGUGUGGUCCCCAGACUCGCCUCAUCAUCAUCAUCAUCAUCACCUGGAAGCUUAUUAGAAAUGCACAUCUCAAGUUUGACAGACACACUGUCAGGCAACUGCACAUAAGCACGGGAGAUGAACUGCAAACCCUGACUUUUAUGCUGUGCUACUUCUAGGCUAAUAUGGAAUUUGACUCUCCUCUCCAGGUUGAUGAGUGUGAAAAGAAAAAGAGGAAAGACUAUGAAAGUCAAAGCAAUCCUGUUUUUAGGAGAUACUUAAAUAAGAUUUUAAUUGAAACCAGAAAGCUUGGACUUCCUGAUGAAAAUAAAGGCGAUAUGCAUUAUGAUGCCGAGAUUAUCCUUAAAAGACAAACCUUGUUAGAAAUACAGAAGUUUCUCAGUGGAGAAGACUCAAAGCCAGGAGCCUUGGAUGAUGCAUUAAGUGAUAUUUUAAUUAAUUUUAAGUUUCAUGAUUUUGAGACGUGGAAGUGGCGAUUUGAAGAUGCCUUUGGAGUGGAUCCAUAUAAUGUGUUUAUGGUGCUUCUGUGUCUGCUCUGCAUCGUGGCGUUGGUAGCUACCGAGCUGUGGACGUAUGUCCGUUGGUACACCCAGCUGAAACGUAUUUUAGUCAUCAGUUUUCUCUUCAGUUUGGGAUGGAAUUGGAUAUAUUUAUAUAAGUUAGCGUUCGCACAGCAUCAGGCCGAAGUUGCCAAGAUGGAGCCAUUUAACAAUGUAUGUACUGAGAAGAUGGACUGGACUGAAAGUCUCUGGGAAUGGCUUUCAAGUUCAUUGACAUAUAAGGAUGACUCGUGCAAAAAAUACUAUGAGCUCUUAUUAGUCAACCCUAUUUGGUUGGUCCCACCAACAAAGGCACUGGCAGUUACGUUCACCAACUUUAUCACGGAGCCAUUGAAGUACAUUGGAAAAGGAACUGGUGAAUUCAUUAGAGCACUGAUGAAGGAGAUUCCAGGGAUACUUCACAUCCCAGUGCUGAUAAUUAUGGCAUUAGCUGUCCUGAGCUUCUGCUAUGGUGCUGGAACAUCUGUUUAUAUGCUGAGACCUUUAGGUGGUCCUGGAAGAGAGCAGCCCCAGGCCCUUCAGCCUGGUGACAGACGGCGGCAGGAAAUUGAUUAUAGAUCCCAGGCUGGAGCAGGUGAUGCAGAUUUUUAUUAUAGGGGCCGAAUUGGCCCCUCUGAGCAAGGCCCUUAUGACAAAACGUAUGAGGGUAGAAGAGAUGUUUUCAGAGAGAGAGAUGUUGACUUGAGACUUCAGACUGGCAACAAGAGCCCUGAAGUGCUCCGGGCGUUUGAUUUACCAGACACAGAGGCGCGAGAGCAUCCCCAGGUGGUGCCCAGUCCGAAGUCACCUAUUUUGGCUGCAAAGCCCAGAGAGAUUGGUGGAAUCCCAGGAGAAAGCACACCGCCAGAAAGCAGUCCUGAAAGUGUCCAGCCUCUGAAGCCUGUCUCUGGCCAAGAGCUAUCAGGGAGUGUGGAAGGUUCGCCUGCCGCAGGAAAGGCCCAGCCCAGGAAUGAUGGCACAGGCAGCCCAGCGAGCACUGUGGCGGCGGCCGGCGGAAGGGAUCCCGAUAGCGGCCCCUGUGGCUAGAGGACAGACUCGGACCCCAGCUUGGGUUUUGUAAAGUAUGCUCUUCCCAACUAUUUACUACAAGUAUUCUGAUAUUUACCACACAGGUGCCAACUUAAACAUUAAUAUUUUUACUGACAGAAUUAACAAACACAUAUGUAUUUGUAUUUAUUUUGUUUGAUUUUUUUUUUCAUCCAUUUAAUUUUAUCUUCUUUCUGAUGUUAAGAUACAUCCUAUAAAGUUGGGAAGUGUUAACUUGGGAACAGGAUCUCAUAGAUGAAUAUAUGGCAAGCAUCACUAACUGAAUAAUUAAGGAGGCGAGUUUGAAUUAAGGACAUUGAAAAAAGUUUUAUUAUUUACAAGCAUAUAUAGGAGCCAACUAACCAAAGUGUGUGUUGCCUGUUGGACCUACUUUAGUUAACAGGAUAAUUUGUUAGUUGUGCACUGGAUUCCAAAAGUGAUGUGUACGACAAAUGACAACACUAUUUUUAAGGAAAGUCCACUAUUGUCAAGUUUACUCUCUCCACGUACCUCAGCCUCCUAAUACAGCCACAGGGUCUGCAGUACCGGCAUCCAUCCACCUGUGUCUGUGUGGGCUGCCCACAGAUCCAAGCGGCUUUGUAGUUUGGAUCGUCCUACCUUCGUCUCUCGAUACUGCAGCUGUUACUGGGCUUGUUUCCGUGUCACCCCUUUUAUUUUAUCCUUAGCUAAGAUGAACUGAAGAUUGCCAGGGGAAUUUAGAUAUCAGAGCUUGUUAAGUCAGUUGUAUAUAGUGAGUAGACUUUGGGAAUGGCGUUGUUCUUUCCCCAUCAGACGAAGCGCACAGGCUUCGUAAGACCUAUUUCCCUGGCUACUCAGAAUCCAAGCACUUGAGACUGUUUUAAACUUUUUUAAAAAUAAAACAAUUUAUUUUUGCUGGUACCUGCCUAGAAAGCAGUUUCACAUACUUAGGUACCCUUUGUUUUAACCUUAACGCUAAAAGUUAUGUUCAGCUGUUUACUAAGAAUAAUAUCAAUAAGAAUAGUUGUACAAUUUUCAUUCAGAUAUUUGUAUCAGAAAAACAUAUUCAAAGCAUUUGCUUUUUGAUACUUUUUUACAUGAAAUAUAGAAUAUUUCUUUUUUCGGCUCUGAAAGCAUCAUUUAGAUGCCUGUAACAAUUUAAUUUUAUGUGUUAAUAUUAUUUUCUAGUUUAAUAUUACAAACAUCUUUUAGUAUCUCAUCAGAGAGGUGGUCAUUUUUUCCAAGGAAUACAAAAAGAAUUUUAUAUAAAAAUUUUUUAACAGUAGGCAUAUAACAAAUGAACUAAUAAUGAAAGGAUACCUGCAUUUUGGGAUAGAUUUGUGAACAUUGAUGCAUAUAACGUAGUCUUCUGUGGGGGCCAGACGUGGUCACACUGGUGACUGCUCUCAAGGUGGCACCUGUCAUCUGAGCUGUGAUUCGGAUUCUGAAGAGAAAUGAAUGCCUCAGGAGGUAGACUAUAGCUACAAGAGUAGAACUCAUGCAUUUUACACUCCUGACUGCAUUUUAUCAAUCCAAAAAUGAAUCUUUUAAAAAAUUUUUAAGUCAAAUUACAUCUUUGUAUUCUUUCAUUACAGAUAACCAUUUGGGGAUGAAAUCUACUUUGACAGCUAGCAAAGCAACAUGCUACUGUUGAAUGAUGACAGCAAUUCAGGGAAGACUAAUUAAAGCAAUUGAACAUAUCAAGGCCAGUUUAUAACGAGAAGAGAUAGGCUUGUUUAUUGUGUAUCCAAUAUUUAUCACUAUAAUCAAAGUUUAUAGUGACAGGCUUUUAGGAAAAUCAGAAUGGGGUAGACAGUUUUUAAAUGGAGUAAUAGUGAAUAUUUACAGGGUCUAAGAACUACCAUAUGCACAAAAUAAACACUUAUUUUUACAUUA